UUUUUACCACAAUGAUUGAAGGACUGACUGCUUUGAUUCUUCUUAGUACGGCGUCUCUGAUUCAAACUGCAGAGGUUCCUCACCCAAUCUCUUUGACUGUGGUUGAAGUUGGUGGGAAUGUUACUCUGCAAUGCCCAGUUUCUGAGAAGGAGGGGAAGUUCUUUCACUGGUACAAGCAGUCUCUUGGAUAUAUGGUCCAAACAGUUGCUACAAGAACUUAUACUCAAAUAAAACUUGUUGGACAAUUUGAGAAUUCACGUUUCCAAGUCACAGAGGGAUAUGCUGAGUACUUCCUCACCAUUAGAAAUGUAAGCAAAGAGGAUGAAGCAACAUAUUUCUGCCAGAAUGGAACGGCGUAUUCACCGACAUUUGGUGAAGGCACAUUCUUGGCUGUGAACGAUCUUAAUCAACAGGCAUCUUUCUACGUGAAACAAAGUCCGGAGACAGCAUCAGUCCAGCUGGGAGAUGCACUGACUCUUCAGUGUUCACUUCUCUCCAAAAACAAAGAAAACACAGAUCUGUGUCCAGAUGAACACAGUGUGUACUGGUUCAGAGCUGGAUCAGGAGACUCACGCCCAGGCAUCAUUUACACUAAGAAGGACAGGAGUGAUGAACAUGUGGAAAGGAGCUGUGUCUACAGUCUGUCCAAAACUAUACAGGACUCCUCUGAUACUGGGACUUACUACUGUGCUGUGGUCACAUGUGGAGAAAUCCUGUUUGGUGUAGGAGUUCAAGUGGAGAUAAAUUCAGGACAAGAAUGGGACCCAAUUAUCAUUGUGCUUGGGAUACUUUUGGCUGUCUGCGUGGCUGUGAUAGCCAUUCUUAUUUACUCUAGAGACUGAUGGGUGGUGAUGCCAAGGCGCUGAACUACUGUAUCACUGGCUUUCUCUACAAAGCAAGAAGUGUGUUUGAAGACUGGCACUGUUUUCACAUAUACAAAGAAUAAUAAAAAAAUAGUCACACAAAGUGGCACCAUCGGUUUUAUUUAGGUGAAUUCCAUCGACUUACAAAAAUCUUAUA